AUGCCGUCUAUGAAAACGGUAUUAAAACGAAAUAAAACCGACCGUGAGUUCUACAAGGGGAUCCUCCGACCGUGCGAUAUUUUUGGUAUACAAUAUCGCCAAUACCGGAUUUAAAUUCGUCGAAAUCGAGCGGAACGUGUACACUGUCUAUGGCACUAUGAUCGAUACCGUUCGCCCACCCCGCGGCAGCCCGUGGACGUAAAAUUCGAUGAUCUCGAUGCGCGUGGUGUCUCGCUGACGGAGUGACACGACGGACCGAUAACUUCCCCCCGAGGAGUAAACGAGUUUUCUAGCGAUUCGUGGAGGAAGUGAACAGAGGGAUGCCACGUAGCAAGCGAAGAGGACCCUCCAGCACAAACCACAAUCAUACUCCCAUUGAUAUGUCAGUAUCUGGGGCACAUGAAGAGAGUUUACCUAGGCAUCCUUCAAAACGGUUAAGACAUACCUCUAGUGCCAGACGAUACACAAAAUCUGAAGAUGUGUCCAACGCGUCGACGUUCUCCCAGAAGCGUUGCAUCACCUGGUUCAGAGAAUACACCUCGCCAGAUGACGCAGACACCCUCGGACCCGAAGGAAUGGAAAAGUUUUGCGAGGAUAUCGGCGUAGAACCUGAGAACGUGGUGAUGCUUGUUCUCGCGUACAGGAUGAACGCACGCCAAAUGGGCUUCUUCGCACUGAACGAAUGGCUCAAGGGCUUUUCGGAGUUGCAGUGCGACUCGAUUAGUAAAAUACAACAGAAGCUCGAAUACCUAAGGAAUCAACUGAACGACCCGUACACGUUUAAGGGAAUCUACAGAUAUGCUUACGAUUUUGCCAGAGACAAAGAUCAGCGUAGCAUGGACAUGGAAACGGCAAGGGUAAUGUUACAACUGCUUUUGGGAAAACAUUGGCCACUAUUUACGCAGUUUGCUCAGUUCCUAGAUCAAUCAAAGUACAAAGUGAUCAAUAAAGAUCAAUGGUGCAACAUAUUAGAAUUUUCACGUACAAUCAAUCAUGACUUAUCUAAUUAUGAUUUGGAUGGAGCGUGGCCAGUAAUGCUCGACGAAUUUGUUGAGUGGUUAAAAAUUCAACGAGGCGAGGGAUCGUCAUCGACAGAAGUUACAGGCAGCUGAAACAUCAUAAGAAUAGUCCAUUGAACUAAGAACAAUUUGUUUCUUUUUACCGUAAGAUUCUGUAAUUAACGAAAUUUCUGUUUAUAAAUAUCAUAAUCUCGCAAUAUUUCAAUUACCACCAUUCAUACUAUUUUUUUUAUUAUUAAAUGAUAGCGAUGUAUUGUAAGUAGCUUAUCUUAAUAAGAUUCACCGUUUCUUCCUAUGUAGAUCUGGCUGAAAAAUUUCAUUUAAUCUGUUUUCUUACUCAUCACCACUUGCAAUUAAUCCAGGGUUCGCCGCAGAAACUUGUGAUUAGAAAUAAAACUAUUUUGAUAUAAACAUUUACUUGUGCAAUUUAUAAAAAUAAUUUGGGAGAUCAAAUUCGUAGAUAAGUGAGUUGAAAAAUUGUCCAAAUUGAGUAAGACGACAAUUGCGAUUGACUUCCAACGAUUGUAAACGGUAAACUUUUCGUUUGUGUCGUUGCAAACUGAACGUUCUCACAUACCUUUUACGUUGUUAUCUAAAUGUUAUCUAAAUAAAUUGAUCAAGAGCUAUGUAUAACAUUCACAUUCCACAUCAUUGAGUUAACGUUGAGUAAGCGCAACUGUGAGCUUGGAAUUUACAAUUUUCGAAGCAAAUUCUGUUGAUAUUUUUAACUUACCGUGUUACCCCUUAUUUCGUCCAUCGUAAAUCUCAUUGUAAAGGCACGUUUUGCAAAAUUUAGGUAUGUAUAUUAUCGAUGCAAGGAACAUUAAAAAGUAACACGAAUAUAUCAUCAAGUAGACUCACUGGUGAGGUGAAACACUAUGCAGGUGCUACUACAACGUUUAAUACUCUAAAGGUAGUACCAUAAAGUGUCAAUAUCAUGCGCUAUUUAGUCAAAAUUAAGUAAUUCCUGUAAAUGCUAAAAUUAUUGAUGUAUAUUAGAAUAACGAACUCUCUUAUUAAAACAAUAAUAUUUAUUAAGUACA